AUGCCACGGGUAGUGCCAGAUCAAAAAGCGAAAUUUGAGUCUGAUGAAUUGUUUAGAAGAUUGAGCAGGGAAAGUGAAGUCCGGUAUACCGGUUACAGAGAUCGACCGCAGGAAGAACGCAUGGUCCGUUUUCAAAAUGCCUGCAGAGAAGGCCACACGGAAAUAGCUUUUGCUGCUACCGGUACCAAUCUGCAACUGGUUUUCGCACCACCCACAUCGGGAUAUAUGCCAGAUAAGGAAUGCGACUUUGACAAGGAACCAGGAAAGGUUAGAUGUAGGAGAAAGACCUUCCAAACUUAUUUCAGAUUUGUAGUCAAGUCUUCCCAAAAUCAUAUGUCAAAAGACUCAUCUUUUUCACAAUCUCAACCUUAUUUCGAGACAUCCACGUCUCAAAUACCUCGUGUGAUGGCGCCUAGUUCGUCAGGUCAGCUAUCCUCGACUUUAGCUCAAGUAGAUACUGUUCAUAAGGCGUUACCUAAUGACCUUAGCAGUAUUGCAUAUUUUCUUCCACGUGUUGAAGUGGUAACGGAUAGUGAGUCCUACAAGACUCGUGACGAUGAUACAGGCGUCCACCUUAAAGCCACCUUCAUCAUGAACGGCGUUUGCGUCAGGUGGCGCGGUUGGAUAGACACCGAACGUCUGGAUGGUGUCGGUUGCCUGGAAUAUAACGAGGAAAGAGCUGCACAAGAGGACGCCCUUCUGCGGGAGCAAAUCGAACGUUACAACCAGCGACUGAGGGAGUUCGAAGACAAACAAAGGGGUUACCGACAAGAUAGGCCUGAACAAGAUCUCGAGUGA